AUGAUGUUGUUGAUUUGGCACGAAGGAUUGGGCACAGACGAUGAGCAGGCCACGGACGACGAGCUUUGGGCACGCGUGCUCUACUCUUAUGACGACGACAAUGAUAACAGCAAUGUGUUGUCGAGUCUUCACUUGGUGCAGGGACUGCUGGCGUUUGUACGAACCUGUCGACGAAGCGGAGACGGAGAUUCAAUGAAAGAGACAACGACCACUGCGUGGACGCCCGAGUGGGCGAGUGUGACGCUUUCCAGACGACGGUUCUUCAUCUUGGAAGUGGAGCAACAGAUUUUCAUGGCACUGGGUGUCCAUCCCACAGUUGAGAUUAAAGACCACAGACGUGGGUAUGAAGCACUGCUUCGAGAGAUAUACGGCAUGUUCGGACUGUUUCAUGGAAGUAUUGAGAGUAAUUUACGGUUGCUGCCUUCAGGUGGUAGAUCCGUCGAGUCGGACAUGACUCCUCAGAAGAACACGGAUGGAAUGGAUCUUUUGAUGGAUAUCGCUGCGGUGCGAAAACGGUUGCGCAAGCUUCGACUUGCAAUUGAUUCGCUUACGUAUCACAAGCCGCUUAAUGUCACCAGCGAAGAUACACAGCAGGAUGAGGAAUAUCAGCAAGAGAAAAAGACAAUGGAGGCAGAACUUGAGGCAUUAAUGGCGCUAUCUCCGGCUACAACACUGCAAAAGAAAUGUGCUGGAUUCUUCCCUCCACUCCUUCAAACUCUGAACGUUCGUAGCUCGAGUGCGUUUUCGGAGUUGCAAGGCCUCGGAUAUUUUCCCAUGGACCAGCCCACGUUCUUAGCGCUGCAAACUUUCGUAAAUGGCUUUCACACCGAUUUACGGUCUUCCGAAUCAGAUGUGGGAGCAGAAAGCAUGGAGAAGUUGGCCCUGUUCUAUAAGGGCAAUCUUUUGUGGAGCUCUUUGGAAACCACGACAAUGCAUCUGCUGUACAAAUUCCUCCGGCUUCGCGAAGAACGUGGAAUGACCAUGCUCCGUGGUGACGAUAAACAUGAUGUAGAUUAUUUACAUUCUGGUCUGACGCUACCAAAACAUGCUGACUCCGAGUUGUGGAUGGCUAACGCGUAUGAGGACACCUUUCUUCCUGUAUGGUCUAGCAAGCUUUCGUACACAGAAUGCGAUGUUGUCGCGCAAAGCAAAGAUGGCCGCCCCCGCGUGCGUAAGUCAGCUUGCUCGUUGCACAAGCAGCAUCCAGUCUCGCUGUCAACGUUUAUAUCGGCAGCAUCGCCUUCCUCUGGUGAUCCUGUCUCGACUCCACGUCCCGGUGUUGCUGCAGAGCCAUUACAAUUUUGUCCGCCUUCGCAUUCUCCUGCCUCAUUGACUCGAUUUGGAGGAGCACGGAGGAACGAAACGAGGCCUGCUAACUUACAGAGUGCAAUGAAGACGCGAGCCAGGUCCCCUUCGUUUCGAAAUGCUGGUCUAAUGCUGAAGAAUGGCUGCUUUUCAAAGUUACUCCAUGCCAAUCGAGAAAUGCAAUCGGGAAAAGUCUGGAGGGAGAUAGAAAGAGUGUGGAGUCCGCUUAUCUACCUUUUAGACGGUGUAUCCACCUCCAUUGCAAAUACCACGUCCACAAUGAUGGCUGCAAGGCAUCGAGUAGUGGUGUGGCAUGAAGCAGAUCUCACAAUGAUCAUUUUGCUCCGUCUCGACGCGACAGAGCCUGAGUCAACGGGUGCAGUGCCAACAAGUUUAAACGCGGACACGAUGGAGCGUUUAAAAAACUAUCUGGAGGAACAACAACGAUUCGAGACCCUAGCACACCUCAUUCUUGCCCGAUAUACCGCCACUUUUGCUUUUCAAAAGAACAUCCCUCGACUUCCUCCACUUUCUCCAUUUGUAUACAUCAAUCGUGUCAAUCUUGCGUUUCGAAUGCAACAAGUCCCACGACUUUUGAAAAGCAAAGAGGACGAUAUGUUUCCAAUUCCUGAUCAUUUGCUCGUGCACUACUUCCCGUCGUCUACAACGGCUCUUGUUAAUGAUCUUCAUGCAAAGUUGCAUGGAUCAAUAAGCACUGGAAAUCGAGAGAUUUGCGUUCUCACACGUGAUGCUGGUUGGGUAUUUGCCAAGAAAUCAGAGACAUCACAUCGUGAGCUGUACGUCUUUAUCGAUAGUAAAGUGGGUUCUUCCGUUUACAGUCUUACGGAUUCACUUCAGAGGCUGUUACACGACCAAUUUGAUAACGUCUUGUUUUAA